AUGAUAGCUCCGGUGAUCGACGAGCUGGCGAAGGAGUACGCCGGGAAGCUGUCCUGCUACAAGGUGAACACCGACGAGUGCCCCAACAUUGCUAGCCAGUGUGGGAUCAGGAGCAUCCCAACUGUGCUCUUCUACAACAAGGGUGAGAGGAAAGAGAGCAUCAUUGGUGCUGUCCCUAAGUCCACUUUGUGUAGUACUCUAGAGAAGUACAUUGAUGGUUGA